AGCCGUAGCUGUUUGUCCCUGCCCGGCUGCCGUCGGAGAAAUGGCAGAACAACACAGAACUGUCAGAGACAACUUCUGCUUUCAUUGCGCUGCACUGAUUUCAGUAUAAAGAUUUAUAAAAUAUAAUAAAAUAUAAAAAUAUCACAGCUCGGUGUUUCUGCCGCGACCGUUAGAGACGGUUGGCCGCGCUCACUAACGGUCCCCCGGCGUUCGAACCGUGUCCGUUGGCGGCGGUUGGUGUUUUUACAGGGAAUCUGAAGACACAUAAACACAAGAGGCUUCAGAAGAGGACAGAGGAUUAUAUUUAGUUCCUGCAAACUAAUGUAUUAUUGGGAAUGAAUAGAAGAGCUUUGGAGAAAAGAUGCCUUCACUGUCCUGUAGGAUGGAGAGUCUGAAGUGAUGGAGAACAGAGAGGAGGGCCCCGCAGAUGAGCGGGCCGCCACACCUCCAGAGCGAGGGCUGCUCCACAUCUGGCAGUCGACAGGCCCCACCGCGCACCUCGGUCCAGAGAGAGUGCUCCUGUCUAGGCCUGUACUGCAGGCCGCCCUGGGAGAACACCAUGGACUCCUGCUCACACAGGGUGGUCUGGUGUAUUCAUUCGGUGAGCUGCUGUGGAGAGAUCUGAGCGUCCCGGUGUCGGCUCCGGUGCUGGAGGUCUCUCUCCUGGGGAGGAUGGUGGUCCGUGUGGCUGCCGGCGGCUUCCACUGCGGAGCGCUGAGUGAGCAGGGUAACGUCUACAUGUGGGGCGAGAACACCGCAGGACAGUGUGGGCUGAGUGAGAGGGCUACAACCACAAACAUCACAGUUUCAGAGCCGUGCCCGGUCUCUGUGGUGGACAACGAUGUCGUUCCUCCAGCAGUGGUUAGGGUUGUGGAUCUGGCCUUGGGACGCGAGCACAGCCUGGCUCUGUCGGCCCAGAACGAGCUGUGGGCGUGGGGCAGCGGCUGCCAGCUUGGUCUGGUCACCAGCACUUUCCCCGUAUGGAGACCACAGAAGGUGGAGCACUUGGCAGGCAGACACGUAAUUCAGGUGGCUUGUGGCGCCUACCACAGCCUGGCCCUGGUUCGCAGUCUGCCUCCACAGAACUACAAUACCCAGAAUCCUUCUGAGAAGACGGAGCGAGGCCACUCAGUGACAGAGAGGGAGGAGCCAUUUGCAGUUGAUGGCGGUCACUACUGUCCACUCGGGGUGGAGCUGACUGAAGCCAUGACAGGCGAGACCUCUCCCAGAAGAAGAGGCCCCAGACGAAGUCUCCAACCUGGGGGAAGGUCAGCUGGCAGCAGCCCUGGCUCUGCAGCGGGCUCAUGUCCAUUUUCUGAAGACGGGAAAGCGAACACUAAACAGAAGAACAUUCCAGUUGGCACCGACACCGAUCCCCUGACUCAGACAGACGGCAGCCCCACGUCCCGCCCUCUGUCAGGCUGGAGAUCCAAGAAGAACUCUGCUUUCCCCGAUGAAACGGAGCUUCAGAACCUCCUCCAGAAACUCUCCAGUCAUUCAUUGGAAAUGCGCCACACCUCCGGGCCUGGAGAUACCGACUCACUGAGCAGUUACACUUCAGAUGAGAGCUGUGUUUCCUCGACUCCUUCCACGGAUCUGUUGACUUCCAGUUACAAAGAAGAGUUGCUAAUUAAGAGUCAAAACAACAUUAACAGUGGAGUGGCCGUGCCGUACUCCUCCUCCCCAGUGUGUUUGGAAGACGUUCGGCUUUGUCUUGAAGCGGAGAACAAGGCGCUGCAGGGGCAGAAGAGCUCCAGUCUGACGAAUAUAAACCAGAAGGGGAGAGUAGCAGCAAACAGGAGACGCUCCCUGCCUGGAACACCCACCCGUGGUAGGAAUGGGUCUCCACGGCGACGGCGGCGGCCUUGUGCGUGCAGGCCAUCUUCUGCUGGUUGGACCCAGGGUGCAGCACCGGAGGAGGCUGGAGACGGGCUGCCGUGUCUGGAGACAGAGGUGUGGAGCUGGGGCCGCGGGUCUGAGGGGCAACUGGGCCACGGAGAUCAGCUCGCCAGACUCCAGCCUCUGUGCAUCAAGCCUUUGACAGGCGAGGAGGUGAUCCAAGUCGCGGCGGGGUCACACCAUUCACUGGCUCUCACCGCUCACUGCCAGGUGUACUCGUGGGGCAGCAACAUGUGCGGGCAGCUCGGCCACGUCAAGAGUCCUGUCACUGUACCACAACGGGCGAAGCUGUCUGACGGCCUUCGGGUUUGGGACGUGUCGGCCGGUCAGAGCCACUCCCUCCUCCUCGCUGAUGGAGACUGCGUCCAGCCGGUCCUGUUGUACUGCGGCCAGCAGCAAGAGCUGGUGUCAUCAGCGCAGAGCAAGAGGUCAACGCAGAGUCAAAGGUCGUGCCAGAGGUCACCCAACAGAGCGGAGAGUUACAGCGUCAGACCCAACCUGCUGCCCUUCUGCAUGGAGAUGGGUUACAUUAGCAGUGUGUGCAGCGGUGGUCAGAGCUGUGCGCUGUUGGCGGACCAGAACGUUAUGGGUUUUAUCUCCGCUAUCCACGAGCUGGCCUCCAGAGAGAGACAGUUCUACUGCUGGUUGAGCAGCGUCAGGAAGCUCCUCCUCACGCCGCUGCGUACCAGAGAGAGUGUGUGUCCGGCGUUAGGGGAGUCGUGCACUCACCUCUUCUUCUCUCUCUGCGAGAGUUUUGGUCGUCUGAGCGUCCUGAUCGGUCGACACUCCACGUCACUCAGCUACUUCCUUCAUGAUGUGCAGGGUCGCGAUGUCAUUUCCCUUCCCCUGCUGACGCACACAGAGCACUUUGUGGACGUCUAUAAGGAGUAUUGCUCUUCAGUAGGUAACUUCCAGGUGAUGGGUGGAUUCCAGUUGCUCCAUAAACUCUCACUUGAGUGUUUAGGCUCUCAGCAGACCACGCUCGCUCAGCUGUGCGUAUCAGACCAGUCUGUCAGUGGUGAUGUUGACCUGGUUUCGUUGUUGUACUGGCCUCUGCAGCAGCUCCACCAGUACAGCCGAGUGCUGCUCAAACUGGCCGCCUGUUACGAUGUGUUAACUACAGAGUAUCAGACCCUCCAUCAGGGCUGUACUCAGUACGAGUCGCUGUCUUUGUCCCUGCUGAGGAAGAAGAAAGAGGCUGAAAUCACCUUCCUCUUCUGGAAGACUCAUUCUGGAAAAACUACUGAGGUCCUGCGUCUCCCACAGCGUCGUUUGGUGUGUGACUGCAGCAACAGGAGUCUGACUCUGCAGAACGCCGGCCGCUUCUCCAACCACUGGUUCAUGCUGUUCAAUGACGCACUAGUGCACACACAGGGUGCCAUUCCCUCUCAGAGCCUCUUCUCCACACAUCACAUCUAUCCUCUGACCUGUCUGUGGGUGAAACCAGUUACUGAAGACAGCAGCGGACUCUAUGCCAUCAAAAUUACAUGUCCAGAGGAGAGUUUCACGCUGGUGGCAACGACUCCACAAGAGAAGAACAAGUGGUUACGAUCUAUUAACCAGGCGUUGGAUCAGGUGCUGGGCGGCGGAGGCCAGGGGUCGUCGCCGGGGGUGACGGGAAUAUCUCGCACGGCCUCCUACACGUUCAGUGGAGAGGGACGCUUUAAAGACGCCCAGUACACCGGGGGGUGGCUGGCAGGACGAGUUCAUGGCAGAGGCACCAUGAAGUGGCCAGAUGGACGGACCUACAGCGGGAACUUUAAGAAUGGACUGGAGGAUGGCUAUGGAGAGUGUUUAAUACCUAACAAAGUGCUGAAUAAGCCAGACAGCUACCAAGGACACUGGAGAGAUGGCAAGAUCCAUGGUUUCGGCAAAUACAAGUAUGCCAGUGGCGAGGUGUACGAGGGCUGUUUCAGUGACGGGCAGCGGCACGGUUACGGCAUGCUGAGCUCCGGUAAGCUGGCCAAGAAGUCCUCGAGUGUUUUCAUUGGCCACUGGGUCAAUGACAAGAAGACAGGAUACGGAGUCUACGAUGAUAUCACCAGAGGUGAGAAGUACAUGGGACUGUGGUUGGACGAGCAGCGGCACGGCAGCGCUGUGGUUGUCACCCAGUGCGGUGUGUACUAUGAAGGGAGCUUCAGAGACAACAAGAUGAGUGGUCCAGGUCUGUUGGUGUCAGAUGACGACACAGCUCUCCACGGGGAGUUUACUGACGACUGGAUUGUCAAUGGGAAGGGUGUUUUAUCUCUGGCUAACGGAGACUGCUUGGAGGGCAUGUUCAGUGGCGAGUGGACCGUGGGGCUGAAGGUGGUUGGGACGUACACCAAACCAGUCGUCGAUGAACCAGACAACAAAGAGAGAAACUGCCUGCUCAGGUUGGGUCAGUAUGUGGUGCCUGCGGCUCAGAGGUGGUUGUGUGUGUUUGAUGAAUGUUGGAGUCGGCUGGGCUGUGACGGUGCUGGGAGAGGAGAGAGGACGGCAGCCUGGGACAAGAUCGCUGUUACUAUAACGACUGCACGGCGACACAGCCCGGACCUCAGCAGGUCUCAGACCAAAGUGUUGGAGUGUUUGGAGUUUAUCCCUCAGCACGGUGAACCAGUCAACACCGCGAACUACGACAACAUACGGAAAUACCUCAUCAAGGCGUGUGAGACUCCUCUCCACCCUCUGGGCUGGCUGGUGGAGACGUUGGUGACCGUCUACAGGAUGACUUACGUCGGUGUGGGAUCCAACCGCAGGCUGCUCAGGCAGGCCGUCCAGGAGGUUCAGGCCUACCUCACACAUUUCUACAGCAUUGUCCGGUUUCUGUUUCAGGGGUUACCAGAUGAUGGAGGCAUCAUUCCAGACCCUCCUCCCUCGCCAUCUAAAAGCAGACACAACUCUAACAGCAUAGAGCAAGGCAGUGUUAUGGUGGUGUGCCGCUCCUCUCUGCUCCUCCCUCUGCUGCUCCCUCGACUCUACCCUCCUCUCUUUACCCUGUACUGCCUGCAGGAGGAGCAGGAGGAGGCCCAGUACUGGGACCGCAUCCUCAGACUCAACAAACAGCCCGACCAGUCUCUGCUCAGCUUCCUGGGAGUGAAGGAGAAGUUCUGGCCUGUUUGGAUGUCAAUUCUGGGAGAGAAAAAGCAGAUUGUGUCGAGCAGUAAAGACGCCUGCUUUGUUUCCGCUGUAGAGACGCUCCAACAAAUCAGCACCACCUUCACUCCGUCAGACAAACUCUUCGUCAUCCAGAAGACGUUUGACGAGUUGACCCAGGAAGUAAAACCUAUGCUGGACGACAACUUCCUGUGGUGCAUGGAUGACCUGCUCCCCCUCUUCCUCUACGUGGUACUCAGGGCGCGGAUCAGGAAUUUGGGAGCUGAGGUCAGUCUGAUAGAAGACUUAAUGGAUCCCAACGUUCAGCACGGAGAGCUGGGACUGAUGUUCACCACACUGAAAGCCUGCUACAUCCAGAUCCAGCAGGAGUCCAUUACAUAGGAGCGGACAGGAAGACGACACACAGUCAAAAAUAAAAGAAGGUGGAAACAGAAAAUGACUGCCAGGAGCUGCCAGAACAAACACCAGUCAAACCAGCAGUACUCUACUGGAGGAAACUGGGAAGCUGCACUGAGGCUGCACAGACAGAUGGCAGCAGGAGGGUAGAGCGUUUACUCUUUCACCUUCUGUAACAAUAAUGUCUGACGCCUCGUUCUCUGUUGAUCCUUUUACUUUGUUACAGCACACCCAAGUUCUUUCUUUUCUGUAGAAGUUUUCAUAAGAAGGUAACACAUCGCCAUCUUCAGGCCAUGUUAAAAAAAAAUGCCUCUCGUUAACGUUUGGUAAUAUGUUGUUACCGUAGAUAUAGUCAGUCAUUGCAUCUGCUCACUCUCCAUUUCGAGUCCAGUAAUAUUCAUCAAGCUCAGUUCUCAUGACUUUACAGUAUUUCUUUAUUUUACAGUUCACACAAAGUACAGCGAGGGGUUUGAUCUGCUUUCUACCUGGAGUCAAACACCCAAAGCACAAGGGAACUGACAAACCAAGUUACUGGUUACAAUACUGGUGUAAAUAGUUAGUGGUCAAGGACUCCUCAAAGGGAACUUUAAAGGUUUUAAAGAAACUUAAAAAAAUAACAGAAAAAAAACUUGUGUGUAACAGUAUUGAUCCUGCAAACAUAAAUUAUGUACAAACCUUUUUUUACUUUGUUUGCAUAUAAAUCAAAAUAUUCUCAAUUUCAGUAACAUCCCUCAAACUAAUUUAGACAUGUUUACAUGCAGGAGAAAUAGUUAAAAAAAAGCAUCACAUUAAACACUCUCCUGUACUACAAAGCCAAACUGCUCCGGCAACCACGAAGCAGUUUGUCUCAGGUCUGAACUUCUUCAUAUUCAUAACUAACAAACAGCGAACUGAUCACACGUCACUACAGAGGGAAAUGAUUUUGCACUUAAAUUAAUUAGUGAGGGAGCAAUUAGCCCAAACAUAAAGGAAACGUUCAUUCCCGGUGUUUAUAUUUCAUGCAGUGUUUGUUAUUCUGUUGAGUGUUUGUGUGUGAGAGGAGGAAGACUUUUAAUGUUGCACUGACGUCGUAGAAUCCAAGUUAUUGUACAAAAUAAAUAUUCCACAUUAUGUUUUCAGUCCUGUUUCGUGAGCAGGACGUGACAGAAACUCUCCACAGAUUUCAGUCAGUGCCUGAAUCAAACCAAUUCAGCUCAACUCUAACCACCACAACAUAAUCCGAAUAAUCUCAAUUCAUUUGGUGUUUUAUAUCCAUUAUCACAAGUUACGUGGCUGUUAUUGUUUUUCUAAACCCCUAAACUAAACCAAACACCAGCCAAUCAGAGGCGGAGGAGUAAAAACAUGUGGUUUUACAGGUGUUUAGGGGUGCGUACGUAGACCUAACAGCAGGUGGAGGUGUUGGUACUCAGUGUUGGUACUCAGUGUUGGUACUCAGUGUUGGUACGCGGCCCAUUUCAGGCACUGAUUUCAGUCAGAUAUGGAGGAAGUUUGGCCCUCAACAAAAGUGUGAACCUUUAAUUUUUAAAGGAUUAAUUCACUUUGCAAAACUCCUUCUUUCUAGGAACUAAUGCACUUAAAUUAAUAUAUGCCAGGAAAGUCUAUCACUGUGUGUUUUUAAUUCAGAAAUGUUUUAAUCUUAUAGCUGAUGAUUGAUUUGAAUACAUCUGUAUGUGUUUUACAUUGUCAGAUGCAGAGAUCUUUAAGGGAAUCCAAGUAGUUGUUUUUAAUAUCUAGUAAUAUAUUUUAAAACUUUCUUUGUUCUGGCAAAAGAGAAAGUUUAUGAUCACAUGAAAGUUAUUAUUUAACAACAAAAUCAAGGGAGCUUCAGAUCACUUUUAAAUUAACUGUAUUACUUAAUUUAUUUAUCAAUAGAAUGUCAUUUAAAUUAUUUAUCAGAGAUAUAUUAAAAGUAUAAAUCUUUUAUCAGAGAAUUUCCCUUAAACGCCGUCUGGAUAUUAAUUAAGACAGUUCAGUCCACCAGCAGUGACUGUUGGUAAAAUAAUCCACAGUAAUAAUAAAGGAAGCAUUUAUUAUAAAAAUGUGCUGCUGUCAUCACGUUACUGAUUAUUAAUGAGCUUCAGGAAUAAAACCAGCUACAAAAGACUCAGAUUGAACUGCAGAAUGCAACAAAUGCACUUCACAAAAUUACAGAAAAGCAUCUUGUUGAAUUACAAAUCUGAUUGUUUUCUUUUCUUGUAAUUUCCGGGUUACUGAAAAUGUGUUUGUACUGUAUUUAUUGUCAGUUGUUUGCACCACAGAACCUGUAUCGAACAAUUAAAUGUUGUUUGUUGUUUGUGCUGUUAACACCGCUGCAGUUUAGUGUAAUACAGAUUAAAGAAAAUAAGGGUGGAUGAGACAAAAGCCUUCAGCCGACCUCUCUGGUCUUCAUUAAUAGCAGGUUAAAGGACAGUACAGAUGUUUUUCAUGUCUUAGCCCAAAUAUAAACAACUGUCUUCAGUACUGCCAAUCAUUUCUAAUCACAAACAGGAUUCUGCUCGUAGAUUUCAGAUCAUCUCAGAAUAAGUCAAACUUUUGAGAUUUUAAAUCUGCACGAGAUCGAUCCAUUGCAGUCGAUACUCUUGCUGUAUUUAUUUUUCUCAUUAGAGAUAUUAUUGUUGUAAUCCAGAUGUUAUUGCACUGAAAUAAACAAAAACCAAUCACUCAAAUGAUUUCUAAAAUGAGAAGUGAUAUAAAGCUCUUAUAAUUUCUACCAUUUGGGGUAAAACAUGUAAAACAUGAUAUAAUCUAUUAAAGGAACCUUCAUUUCUUGGAGGUUUCCGGCUUUGAGGCUUUAACCUGACUGAAUUUAUGACCUGAGUUCCUUAUUUUUCUAACUAAGUCUAUAUUUUUGUUACUUCAUACAUUCGUAGAAAGAUGAUCAGGGGAACUGACUACAGAGUGUUAAUUAGUUUUGAGGGAUAAAUGAUGUAGAUAGGAAAUGAAAAAUGUGUUUACUCGAAAAGAAAAGGGCAAUAAAUUUGGUUUAACUCUGGAAA